AAACCAAAAAAACAAGUGAAAAAAAUGUAGUAAGAGGAGCAAAAAUUGCCUAAAAUGGUGGGUUAUUGUUCGUAAAGGAUAAAAAAUUGAGGUUAGAAACCCUAGAAGUUUACAUGGCCUCAAAAGCACAGGUAACAAAGGAGAGAGAAAUCAAAGAGAGAGAGAAUACAGGGGGUAUAGAAUAGAAAACAAAAAUGUCAGAAAGUUGUAGUUUAAAAUUCUCUUCAUUAUUUGCCUUCCCCUCCAUCAUCUAAGAUCUCAUCUGACAAUACACCGAAAGAUCUUCUGCCGAAAACUUCCAAAACCCUUUGCUUAUCCACUGCCCCUCUCGAUCCCUCUGAUCUGAGAACAAACUCUGUCACCCUCAAAUCUAUAUGGGUUUUUACAGCUAAGCCUGUUCUUGAGAGGUGACACACCACAGGAAAGUCCAAAACACAUUUCGCCCAGGUUCAAGGUAUGCGAAACCAGCACACCUCCAUAUUCUCUGAACUCACAUAAAAACUAUUGCUUUCUUGUCUUGACAGAGACAUCUUCUGGUUAAUUUUGCCCAUACCCAUUUGGUCUUUUGUAUACAUUAAUGGUGUCUAGGUCCUGUAGUUGUGGUGAGUAUAUAGUUUCAGGAUUUGGGGUUGUGGGUUUGGAGCAUAAGCAGAAACUGGAGUUGAGGUUGGGUUUGGGUUUGGGUUUUGUUCUUGAUCUGGGUUUGAUGAAUAUGUUAUUUGCUGGGUCUUUUGGAUGAUAAAUAUGAGUUUCGUUGGGUUAUGAUUAAAGUUUUGUUGUUGAAUUGGGUUUUGUGAAUACUUUGAUUAAUGAUUUAUAUGUGAGUUGAUUUCAUAAAUAUGAUUAAACCCUGUUGGAAGCCCUCUGUGGAGGGUGAUGGAGGUCGUCGAGGUGGAGGUGUAAGUCGAGAUGGCGGCCGGGUUGAUGGGUUGUUAUGGUACAAAGAUUUGGGACCCCAUGUCAAUGGAGAAUUUUCAAUGGCUGUAAUUCAAGCCAAUGGCUUGUUGGAGGACCAAAGCCAACUCGAAUCGGGGCCGUUGAGCUCUCUUGACUCCGGCCCCUAUGGGACAUUCGUUGGUGUCUAUGAUGGACAUGGCGGACCAGAGACCUCCCGAUUUGUAAACGAUAAUCUGUUCCCCAAUAUUAAGAAAUUUGCCACUGAGCAUCAAGAGAUAUCUGCAAAUGUCAUCAAAAAGGCAUUCUUGGAAACUGAAGAGGAGUUUCUCUCUCUUGUAAAGCAGCAGUGGCCAAUUAAGCCGCAAAUUGCAUCAGUGGGAUCAUGUUGUUUGGUGGGUAUAAUAUGCAGUGGACUACUAUACAUUGCGAAUGUUGGAGACUCUCGUGUAGUGUUAGGGAGAGCAGAGAGGGGUGUUAGAGGGGUCACAGCUAUUCAGUUAUCUACGGAGCACAAUGCAAGUAUUGAAUCUGUGAGAGAUGAGCUUCGUUCAUUGCACCCGCAUGAUGCACAAAUUGUGGUUCUAAAACACAAGGUUUGGCGUGUGAAAGGUAUCAUACAGGUUGCAAGAUCCAUUGGUGAUGCCUAUCUGAAGAAGGCAGAGUUUAACAGAGAACCUCUAUUGGCAAAGUUUAGACUAUCCGAACCUUUCGCCAUGCCAAUCCUUAGUCCAGAGCCAUCAAUAUUUAUACACAAACUCAACCCCAAGGAUCAGUUUCUCAUAUUUGCAUCUGAUGGUCUAUGGGAACAUCUUAGCAACCAGGAGGCUGUUGAUAUUGUUAACAAUUGCUCGCGUAGUGGAAUUGCUAAGAGACUUAUUAAAACUGCGCUUCGAGUGGCAGCUAAAAAAAGAGAAAUGAGAUACUCGGACCUGAAAAAGAUUGAUCGAGGGGUGAGAAGACAUUUCCAUGAUGACAUCACAGUUGUCGUUGUGUUUCUUGAUCCGCCUCCGAACAGGAAUUCAUCUUCUUGUUCCACAUUUUCAAUAAAAGGAGGUGGAGGUGUACCCAACCACACAAAGUCCUAAUCUGCAAUUUUAUUUGAUUUUCAUAUCUUAGACUAGUUUCCAUAUCGAAAGAAGGCAAGAAAUCAUUUUCUCUUCCUAGGCUUCCCAUACACCAGCAGACAGAUUAUUAUGAACAAUGUACUGAUAAUAGAUGUUGAAGACACUGCAAGACAGUCCUUCAAAAAUCUUCUGCAACUGGGUUGGACAACAAUGUAAAAUUGUCACUAACAUUUCAGAAAGAAAUGAUGCUGUUGGUUCAAGCUCAGAAGUAUGGUCCAGUUGGUGUGAAAUUUCGUAUGAAAUUGUAUGAUCUUCACAAAUGUAUAUAUGAGUUUUCUGCACUUUUUCUCUUUCAUUAGAUGAAUUAUCACACUGGCACAAAUGUUGCUAUAAAUCAUUUGUUAAUCUAAUUUUUGACUCAUAAGUUAGGGGUGCUUUUAAUUGACUCCACCA